AUGUUAAAAUUUUUCAUAUUCAUUUUACACAUAUAUUUAUACAUCGAUUCAAUAUAUUCAUCAGAACUAAGCAAACAUGUAAAACAUGAGACAGAUGAAUUGAAAUAUGCUAGUCCAACUUAUGAUCCCAAGAAAGGCACCAAGGUUAUUUUUUAUAUGCCAGGAAAUGAGCAAGGUGUUAUACCGAAUAAUGUACAAAAUAAACAACAUGGAACCUCAAUAUAUCCUGAUAUUCAAUAUCCUGGUAGUGAAAUGAAUAAUGGGAAAACAGGAACUACUAAUUCAGGAAUAUAUAAUAAAGCCCAUGGAUCUUCUAAUGAUUAUAAUGCAAAUAAUUCUCAGGAUAAAACCAUAAAUUUACAUAUAGAUGGAAAUAAUUCAAAUAAUUCAUAUCAAUCAUAUGAUUCAAAUAAUACUAAUAAUUAUACUAAUAGUAAUAAUAAUACUAAUAGUAAUAAUAAUACUAAUAGUAAUAAUUAUACUAAUAGUAAUAAUUAUACUAAUAGUAAUAACAAUACUAAUAGUAAUAAUCAUACUAAUAAUAAUAAUCAUACUAAUAAUAAUAGUUAUAAUAAUAGUAAUAAUAAUAGUAAUAAUAAUAGUAAUAAUAGUAGUAAUAAUAGUAGUAAUAAUAAUACUACUAAUUAUGAUUUAAACAGUGAAUAUGAAAAAAUUAGAAGAAAAGAAGAAGAAGCUGCAAGAAGAAUAGAAAGAGAAAGAAGAGCAGAUAUAAAUAGAAAAAAUCAAGAUAAUAAUUCUAACAAAUAUAAUAAUGAACAAUAUGGAGGAUAUGAAUCUGAUGGAAAUUCACCCAAUAGUAGAGUAAAUAUAAAUAUAACAAAUAAUGGAACACAUGGUAAUCCGCAUAAUAAUAAUUCUUAUGGUCACAAAAAUAAUAUGCAUAAUACAACUAAUGGUGAUUAUACUGAAGGUGAUUAUACUAAAGGUGAUUAUACUAAUGGUGAUUAUACCAACGGAGAUUAUACUAAUGGUAUAAAUAAUAAUAUGCAUGGUAAGAAUAAUUAUAAUACAGCUAAUGGUGAAUAUGUUAAUGGGGCUUAUGAUGGGAUGAAUAAUGGAUCAUAUAAAUUAAUUGGUAAUUUAAAUAAUAACCAAAAUGUAGAUAAUUCUUAUAAUCAAGAUAAUGAAAAUGAUAAAACAUACACAUCCAAUUACAAUAUAAAUCUUGGAGAUAAUAAAAAUUCUCCAGAUAAUAACCCAAAUUAUAUAUCAACAUUUAACAAAAAUAUAGAUCCAAAUAAAUCUGAAAGACCAUAUUAUGAUGUGUAUGGAAGAGAAUAUGAUGAUAACAAAUAUAAUCCAUAUAAUAAAAGAAAUAAUCAUAACGCAAAUCAAAAUAAAUCAACAAAUAACGGAACAAAUAAUUUCAACACGAAUCAAAAUGGAUCAACAACGUAUGGGUCCAAUGCCAAUGGAACAUAUGGACCUAAUGAAUCAUAUGGACCUAAUGAAUCAUAUGGACCUAAUGGAACAUAUGGACCUAAUGGAGCAUAUGGACCUAAUGGAACAUAUGGACCUAAUGGAACAUAUGUACCUAAUGGAACAUAUGGAUCCAAUGGAAAGUAUGGGCCUAAUGAAACUCCUUAUUAUGUGGAUCAUCCAGAAUAUGAUAAUGGAAAAUCUAUGUCUGAUUUUCGUGUAAAAGAUUCCAAGGAUUCCAUUGGACCUGGGGGAGAUUACCAUAAUUUGUAUCAAAACAUAAAUGGAAAUGAAAAAAAUCCAAAUACUUUUCAAGGAAGUCCUCGUAAUAUAAAUGUAUAUUCUGUUCACCAUAUACCAAAUAAUGGUACAAAUGGUGGUUUAAAUAAUGGUACAAAUGGUGGUUUAAAUAAUGGUACAAAUGGUGGUUUAAAUAAUGGUAUGAAUAAUGGUAUUAAUAAUGGUAUGAAUAAUGGUAUGAAUAAUGGUAUUAAUAAUGGUAUGAAUAAUGGUAUGAAUAAUGGUAUGAAUAAUUCAGGAAAAACUGGAUUAAAUAAUGCAUAUCCUCAUAAUGGUAUGCUUAAUAAUGGAACCGAAUAUAAUGUACAUUAUGGAAACAGUGAUUCUAAUAAUACGAAUGACAGUAUGCUAAAUGAAAACUAUUAUAGUGAUAGUGACUAUGAUGAUCACACCCCAGGGAACAAAAAGAAAGUAUAUAAAAGUAUAGCUGAAAGGAAUAAAAAAUCUGGUUCUCACGAUGGUUUGGCACCAGGACAUAGUGAUAGUGAAUACGAAAUAGUAGAUGGGGAAAAUAAAAAAUACAAAAGGAAGAAUAAGGAAAAUAAUGAAAAAGAUAAAUAUGAAAAUAAAUGGGAUUCCAAUAAUUAUAAUUCUGAUAAUGAAAUUAAAGAUGGUUAUUUAAGUGAAUCUGAAAGAGAAUAUGCAAGAAAUAAAGCGAAUGAAAUUGAAGAUAAAAUGAAUAAAGGAGAAUAUUCUCGAAAGUAUAAAAAUAGUAAAUCGAAUGAAUUCGGAUAUACUUCAAAACAAACAUCUGAUUCAGAUGAUUCUGAUAUUGAAGCAAAUGCAUUUUAUGUAGAUAAUGGACAAGAAAUGUUAAUAAAAGAAAAAGAACAUUAUUCAAGUGAUUCAGAAUAUCAUAAGGAAGAAUCUGCUUCUAUUGGAAAUUUAAAUGUAUAUUUUCCUGCUGAAGAUUAUCAUUUUUCAACGUAUAUGGGAUUUGAUAGAAGAUCGUUUUUACCCUCCAAUGAAAUUGAAUUAGAAAAAAUGAUUGGAGCGAACUUUUCAAAUGAAGUUAAAAAUUAUUGUAGCCGUCAAAAUGUUGCACAAAAAAUAGGAGACUAUCUUAAUAUAUCAUUUGAAUAUUCUAGAGCAUUAGAAGAAUUAAGAUCUGAAAUGAUCCUAGAUUUUAAUAAACGUAAACAUUUAACAAAUAAUACUGAUGACACAAUUUUACACAUGAUAGAAAAUGCAGAGAAAAGAAAAAACAAUCCUAAUUAUGAAGAAGCGUAUGAAAAUAAAGAUUAUGCAAAUAACGCUAAUAUCUUUAGGAAUGAAUAUAGUAAUCCAUUAAGUACAAAAUAUAAUAAAAUAUUAAAAGAAUAUCUUUGUCAUUUAUUUGUUAAUAAUCCAGGUACUACACCAUUAGAGAGAUUAUAUUAUAACAGUUUAGCAUUAGGAGAACUUGUUGAACCAAUAAGAAAUAAAUUUAAAAGUUUAGCAUCAUCAACAAUUGAUUUUAAUUAUGAAAUUCAUAUGGCUUCGGCAUCUAAUAUAUAUUUACUUGCACAUUUCUUAGUAUUAUCCUUGGCAUAUCUUUCAUAUAAUGAAUAUUUCACGACAGGAACCAAAUCGUUUUAUUCAUUACCAACCAUACUUACAGCUAAUUCCGAUAAUAGUUUUUUCAUGUUAAAUGAAAUGUGUAAUAUUCAUUAUAAUCCCAGUAAAUAUUUCAAAAAAGAUAUAACGUUUAUACCUAUUGAAUCAAGGCCUAAAAGAACUACAACAUUUUAUGGUGAGAGAAGAUUAACAUGUGAUUUAUUGGAAUUAGUAUUAAAUGCUAUUAUGUUAAUUAAUAUUAAUGAAAUAAACAAUGUAUUUUCUAAUAAUAAUGUAGAUGGAUAUGAAAAUUCCUUAUCUUUUUCACAUAAUGCUAUUAGAAUAUUUUCGAAAGUAUGUCCUAAAAUUAAUAAUGACAAUGUAUUGAAAUGUGAAUUUGAAGAAUCAAGUUUAUAUAAUCCUAAAAUUAUUAAGAAUGAUAUAUCAGAAAAAUCCAGUCAAAAAAAUUUAAAAAAAGCAUUUGAUUUAUUAAGGACUUAUGCUGAAAUAGAAGGCCAUUCAGCUGAAGGUAGCACAAGUCCAUAUUAUGUAAGUCUUAUAUUAGAUGAUAUGAAAUAUAAUGAUUUUUAUAAAUAUACCCUUUGGUAUGAACGUAGAGAAUUAAUAUAUGGUGAUAGCAGAGGUAUGAAAAUGAAAAAAAAGAAGAAAACAAAAUAUAUAUAUAACGAUUUUAUGAAAAAGAGUACCCAAUUAAGAAAGAAAUUAAUAAAAAAUGAUUUGAGAUAUAAUUUAAAGAGUAAAGGAUUAGUAUUUUUAUAUGCAAUGAUUGAUAAAUAUGGCAGUAUAUUAAAUAAAAGUCAAAAAGCAAAAGUUCAAUUUUUAAAUAGUACUUCAUCUAUACGUUAUUAUCUAUAUUUAAACAAAGUAAUAUUCAAGUCAGCUAAAACGUAUUUAGAUAUUAUGAAAAGAAUAUUAGAAGAAUUACAAAAGUCUACCAAUACACCAUUGAAAUUCCUUGUUAGAGGAAAUUAUAUAGACAAUAUAAAUAAUAUUGCUAGAAAUGAUAAUAUGUUUUAUGCAAACUUAUUUGUAUUAACAGCAUUAUCUAGAAGAGAUCCAGUAAAAGAUUAUUAUAAUGAUAAAAGGAAAAUGUUGUCUGCUAAAUUAGCUGAGAAAUUUUCUAAUUCUACAUCUAUGUUAAUACCGCACAAACUUAGAAAAUUAGUUGUAUCUAUGAAAAAGGGACUGUUAAAAAAGAAAUUACUUACAUCAUUGGCCAAGAUAAAAUUAUUACAACAUAUACCUGCGCACAUGUUAGAAAAUAUCACAUCAAGUAUACGUUUCACAACGCAUACCAUAGCAACAAUGCAAAUUAUACAAAAUGCUAAAUAUAUGUCCAAGCACAAUUUUUCUCAAUAUGAUAGUAAGGGUAUGUUAGCUAGACAAAUAUUCACAAAGGGUGGUUUUGCAGAAUAUGCAGAUAAUUUAAUGGCAAAAUGGUUUUCUAAAGGUUUUGAAGAAUAUAAGAGAGAGCAAAUCGAAAAUUUCAAAUUGGAAAAUUCCAUUGAUUCUGAAUUAAAAGAUUCCGAAAGGGAAGAUGAAAAUGAUACUUCAGAAGAAAGUGCCAAGAAAAAAUUACAAGAUCUUCAAUUACAAGAAAGAGAAAAAAUGAAAAAAGAGAACAGUUUAUUAUUUAAUCAAAGUGAUAAAUGGGAUCAAUUUAUAAAUAAGGAACUUGUAAGAGCAUUAGGUUUAUGGUUAGAAUUUAAUGAUAAUCCAACUAAUGCAUCUUCGUUUGUUUAUAAAGUAGUAGAAGAUAGUAAGUAUUUAUUAGAAAAUAACAUAGAUAAUAAUAUUAUUUUUUCAAGAACAGUAAAACCAACUAAACAAACAGCUUUCAGAAGAUUCUUUAAUAAAAUAUUAUCUCUUGGAAAUAUGCUUUUAAGAAAGCCUAGUUUUAAAGUAGAACAUGCAUUAUGGUUUGGUGCAACUAUAGAUAUAAAAAAAGCAUUUAUACUAUUAGAAAAAGUAAGUGAAUUACAUAAAAUGUUAAAUAAUAAGGAUGAAUCAUGGUUAAUUAAUGAAGCUUUUAUAGAAAUUGUUGAUCAUGUCGUAGAUUUAAGUACAUAUAAGCAUGUACGAGAACCAUUUGGUGUAGCAAGAAAUCCUGGAAUGAUGGCAAUAAAUCCUAAAUAUGCAGAAUUAUCCCAUGAAAAUCGACUUAGAGAAUUACAAAAUUCUAUGUGUGCUGAUCAUUGUUCUUCUGUAUGGAAAGUUAUAUCUUCUUUUGCAUUACACCAUUUAAAGAAUCCUGAUAGUUUACAUACAUAUGAAAGCAAGUUUUCUAAAAAUUCUUUUGGUAACAAAAUUGAUGAUAAAGAUUUUGUUCAUAAUUUUAAGAUGAUACUAGGAGGAGAUGCCGUUUUACAUUAUUUUGAUAAUUUAUUACCAAAAACAAUGAAAAAGGAUUUGAAAGCAAUGAAAUAUGGUGUAUCAUUAACAUCUGCAUAUUCACUCAAAUUAACUAAAAUUAUUUUUAGUCAAAUGCAAUUACCUUACUUAAGUCAAAUGUUUUAUAUGCAAGCUCCAUAUUUUGGUCAUUUUAUAGGAAAAUGGCAAAAAAAAAGACAACAAAGCAGACUUAAAGAAAUCAUGUCUUUUAUGACUCUUGGAAGUUUAUCCGCUUAUACACUUUUCAGUGCUAUGGAUAUAACACAACAAGCUAAAGAUAUAGGUACAGGACCAGUAGCUAGCUGUUUUACAACUAGAAUGUCUCCUCCACAACAAAUAUGUUUAAAUUCAGUUGUUAAUACGGCAUUAUCUACUUCCACUCAAUCGGCUAUGAAAUGUGUUUUCUCUGUUGGUCUCUUUGCAUCUAUAGGACCAUACUUAUUUGCUCCUAUGGCAGGUUUAGCUGUAUGGAAUAUAUUAAAAUCUGAAUUCAAGGUUUUAGAAAGAAUAGAUAUGGCAUUAAAAAAUGUUUUCAAAAAUAUGUGGAAUAAAUUCUUAUCCCUAAAAGGAAUUAGUAAAUUAAGAGGUAUUUUUAAGAGAAAGAAAGCUAUGAAAAAAAAAAUUAUAGAAAAUGCCACACGCAAAAUGAACGACAUGAAGAACAACCCAGAAAAGGCCAAGGCUCAUAAAAUGGCACUAAAAAAAAUUAAUAACUAUUCUAAAGGAAGCUACCAUUACAUAUCAUACGCGAAAAUAAGAAUAUAA